AGAUCGGUAUCGUGCUAGAACACUUUCCUAUUGAGAGACUGAAGGAUUGUCAGAGGUUGAGGUUGGUUUAAUAUCACUCUCAUCCAUUGCAGCUAAGUGGAGCAUUCCCCUUGACAACUUUAAAAAUAUUAUUAAGUUAUCGGAGAUUAAUAUUACUCAACAACGUGGACAGAGGAUGUUUACACGAAUGAUCAGAAAACCUGCGGUAUUUUCUCGCCUUUUCAGUAGACUGCUCGAUGAACGCCCAUCGUUGGAAAAAGUAGUCCCUUUAAGUCGCAGUCUCGACCAGCACAGACCUGAGUCUCAGCGUUUCUUUACUUCAGACAGAGAGGGGAGUCAAGAGGUCACUAUACGUCGAGGAAGAAUGGAAGACGUCCCUGGUGUCUGGAAACUGACAGCGGAGGCCAAGUGGAAUAUUCAUCAAGAUAUGAUUGAGACCCACUUCAAAAUAAGUGAAAAUGGCUGGACCGUUGCAGAAAAGGAGGGAGAUAUUGUGGGUUGCCAUCUGUCGCAUGACUUUAGUGAUGGCCUGAAGACAGCCGGUCACUUUAUAGUGUCCUCAAAGUUGAGGGGUCAUGGUGUUGGUGAGUAUAUUAUAGCAAUUUCCAUCUAA